GCGCUUCGCAGCGCCGCGCUGGCAUGGCUUACUUGGCCGCGCUGGCGGCGCAGGCUGCGCCCGAGCCUCGGGCUCGGCGACGAGCUGGGCGGCAAGGGCGGUCGUCCGCGUUGCCGAUCAGCACGAGGCUGGAGAUGGGCGCGCGCAUUGGCGCUUGGGUCGAGGAGCAAGCAGGAGCUGGCAUCCACUACACUCGCAUGCCGUGGGGUGCCCUCGCCACCAACAUGUUCAACCUGACGCCCUCCAAUGCCGUGGCGUGCCGGCUGAAGCGGGUCUACGCGGAGUGGGCCGGCAAGAGCAAGGCUGGGCGCCUGACCUCAGCAGGGGCGGGCGCGGAGGACCGGCAGCAGAGGAGGCGGCGGUCGGACGACCCGCAGGGAGUUCGAGUGGACUCUCUUCGGCCAGGCCUGGGCGACGGAGGGCGGCCGGGGAGGAGCGGCGGACGCCGCCGCCGCCCUGCACCGGCUCAUCAACCAGUGCGCCCCUGGCGGCGCGGACCUGUUCCGCAGACGGUGGCAGCCUCCCGCCCUGCUGGAGACGUGCGGCAUGGUGGCUCCGAAAGCGUUCGUGUACGCGAUCAUUUUGCUUAG